CCUGUAAUGUCAGUAGGGAAACCCCUUGCAUGGGGAAUCCCAUAAAUACAGUGUCCUGUGAAUAAAACCUCAGUUGACUCCCAGCCUAUGUGUCGUCUAGUUCUUGGGAAGGAAGGAUUACUACAACGCUACCGGGAUUAUUGUAUGCUGUGCUUAUUCCCCUGGAUUAUUUUAUGUUAUUCCUGUUACCCAGCGGAGAUAUUGUGGAUUAUACUGCCUCUCUGCUACAUGUAUCAUGAUUUAAAUAUUAAUAAGUAUGCCGUGGUUUAUUUGAAACUAUCUGAAUACAUGUUGCUUAUCCACUAACUACUGUUGUACUUUAUAUUUUAUUGACUUUUAACCAGUAAUUAGAUAAUUUUCAUUCUUACAUCACUUUUAUAAAAAGCAAAAGAAGUUUUAAUAAAAUAAAAAAAAUUGUGAAAAUGAAGUACAAGAGGAGCUGUAUUCAAAUUUGAGAAUGUUACCUUAUUUUGGUAGCUUCACCGUAUUUAAUCAUAUGCUUUCCUUUAAAGCAAGAGACUAACCCAUGUAUUAUUAUUGACAUAUAUAUGAGGCCAACUUAUUCUGCAGCACUUUACAAUAUUGUGGAAGAGGGGAAUUUAACAAUAAGUGAGACAAUUAAUAAAUGUUACAAGAACAAUAGGUUGAUGAGGACCCUGCUCAAAAGAGCUUACAAUCUUGUGCAUGCACUCACAUGUGGCAGUUCUGGCUAGAUUCACUCAGUUCUAACUCACAAAAGGUAAUUCAAUGACAUUGUCCUGAGGAUCACAUGAUUGACUCAUUGUUACAGUUAUACCUGAAAAACAUCAUGGGCCAUAAAAAUGAAGCACAGAAAAAUAGCUUCUUCUGGUAUGUGACCAGCCCUUUCUCUUUGUUGUAAAAACUCUAAACAUUAUACAAUUUACAAUUACAACACAGGAUAAUUAGGGUUGUUGUAAAAAGGGGUCUAGAGGUCUAGAGUAGCCACAAAAAUGAUCUAGAAAUGCAUGUAACUGAGUAAAAUGUUCUCCUUUGUCUAAUUUGUCCAAUGUAUAUAAUGAGCACUUGUUGCUCGCUGUUUGUUGUAUCUCCAGAGCAAUCAUCAUUACAAGUUGCCUGUUCUAUGCAAGUAAAGGUAAGGAAAUAUGAGAUGUGAUUUCCUGAUAAUAAUUUGACAUUUAAAUCAAUUUACAUUUGGCAACUCUUUGUUUAAUUAUAAACAUUCAGAGGUUAUUUAAAGUGUGUCCUUAAUUUAAAUAUAAUAAAUCUAUAGUUUUAUAAUAUAAAGGUAAUAGAUUUUAAAAACACAAUGAAUUGUAUAAGCACUUGAGAUUUUUAGAACUUGAAUCCUGACAUUAAUUAUUUUAAUGAACAUAAAUGUAAAAUAUUUAUUUUUCUGUAAUUUUGUGUCAUACAGUUAACAGCAGAUUUCAAAGGCACUAUAGUUUAGAACAAUCUAAUUACUUAAAAUAGAUUUAUACAUCAUGUAAAAUAUGUGAAUGAUCUAAUCAUUGUAUAUUUUUUGCUUGCAGUCUUUUUCAUAUAUUUGUGAUAAAUGCUUAUUAAACUAAGAACUAGUUAGAGUUGGAGAGUAUACAGUAGUUUAGGACAGGGAUAAAUAAUGACGAGCAUUUAGAAGCUUUGUAAGCAUGGUGCAGAAGAUAUAUUAUAGAGGUACUCAACAAGAAAAUAGUUUUUUAAUAAUGCCGCCUUUGGACACCAGCUGCUGGAAUGCUGUGCCUGCUGAUCACUAUGCACAAAAUUGACAUUAGCCAACCCAUAACUUUUGUUCCGAGAUAGCUAUUGAUGCCCCAAUGGCACUGCUGGAGGAGGAGUUACACUUCUGGCAGCAAAAGUGGUCAUGGUGCUUGGAGUAACAGUUUAAAGUGUUACUCCAAGCAUCAUAACAACUACAACCUGCUCUGGUGGUUAUGAUAUGAGGGACACCCUAGCCCUGUUUUCCAGUUAUAGGGUAAACUGUUAUGCAAUGGUUUGCCCUCUUACCUGGUUCAUUGGGCGACAUGAAUUCUUCCUACUAUAAUGACAUGUACCCAAUUUCUGCAGUGCUGACUGCUCUCAGCCAAUGAAUGCAAUUACGUGCAUAGAAAUAUGCUCAAAACUGCUUUUAGCCAGCCUAGAACAUCUGUUUUGGGAUAGCUGAUGACACCCCAAUAAUGCUGCAGGAAUUGGAGUUACAUCUCCGAAAGCAGAGGGGUUAAUGUAUUACUACAACCAAAAACCAGCAUUUUCAUAAAGCACUGGUUUUUGUUACAGCAAUUCUUUGUGAGGUGGUCUACAUCCUUCAAACCUUAAAAAAAUAAAUAGCAUAAAACUUACCUCUGUUCCAUUGCUGAGUCCAAGUUCUCCCUGUAGCCCGAUCCCCUUUGCCUGACAUCACUCUUCUCACUGAAGGGGGAGGUCAGGGAGGACAGACUGAGGGGAGGACAAGGAUACCAUGUAGGGGAGGUGUGCUGCCAUUGGCUGCCAGACAACAGCAUGCUGUAUGUGCUGGAGCUAGAUGCUAAUUUUGCCAGAAUCGACACUAGCCAGCCCAGAAACAUAGAAACAUAGAAUGUAACGGCAGAUAAGAACCAUUCGGCCCAUCUAGUCUGCCCAGAACUUAGCUAAGUGGUUAACCUCUGUAUGUGCAGUGGUAAAUAGCGAAACACUGCAUACAUAGACUCCAGGAACCAUGACCCCUUUCAGUCACUAAAGUGGUCAUGGUGGUUGGAGUGACCCUACAAACUCUCUAUGUGUAGAGUUUGAAAGAUACACAAUGCUGCACCUGCAGAUUCAUUUCUUGGCCCUCUUCAGGGACGAGAGGGAUAUCAUUGCUAGUGCAAACAAAAUUAUUUAUGGGGUCGGGGCCUGUGGCUGAGGCGGAUGGCAGUGUGUGUUUGCCGCGUGUGUAUGCAUCUAGGGCUUACCUGGCGUGUUCCCAAGGUAUAAGAGGCUCACGAGGCUCACUAGGUUUAGGAGGAAAUGGCAAGCAGAAAGACUUGAGCGAACCUGGGGGGAACCACGGCAACCCUGGCUACCGCUCUGAUAACGCAUCAAUAGCAGCACAGACAUCAACAGCUACUAAAUCUUACUGACAGAAAUAUGCAGCUGAAAUGGAGGAUUCUGGAAACCAGGGGGAGCCAGGCAAGUUAAUGAUGUAUACCACUUCAACACUGAAUCCCUCUAUAUCGGAAAUCGCGGUUGAAGGAGGGAGUGCAGAUCUCCGUUUAUUAGUAGCACAGUUACCUUCUAAGGCUGACAUUGCUGAAGCUGUAUAAGCUUAAACAAAGUUUUGGAGAAAAGUUCCAAUUAUUGUGAACAGAAGUACAACAAAUAGGGGCUAGAGUGGCAGCUUUGGAGGAGGAAGGAGAAGCUUCAGCUGAAAAGAGAGCAGCUGUACAAGAUCAAAUUACAAAACACAUAAUGAAGCACACUUACUCCUUCAAAGAAAAAUAGAUGACCUAGAUAGCAGGAGUAGGAGAAACAAUCUCCGAGUGCGAGGUUUACCUGAACAGGAUAAUGGGGAUAAGGAAAACAUCACCCAAACACUUAAUAAAUUAUUCAAUUAGAUAUUGAAUAGAGGUGAAUAAAAAAUAAUUACAUUUGAUCGUGCUCAUAGAGCACUCCGACCAAGAGCACUCCCUCAGAAUAAACAUGAUGUAUCAUGUAAAAUUCAUGAUUUUGCCCUGAAAGAGGAGAUUUUACAUAAGGCUUGAUAAUUACAAGAGAUAUCUUUUGACAGCCACUCAGUGAUUAUUUAUCAAGAUUUAUCACAAGCUACCUUAUAUGCAAGAAGAGCACUAUGCCCGGUCACAAAGAUUUUGAAUGACCGCAACAUCAGAUUUAAAUUGAACUUCCCUUUUGCUUUGACUGUGUCUUAUCAAGGAAAAUUAUUGUCCAUUUCAUCUUCUGCAGACGUCCGGCAAUUUCAAAAUUCCUACAGAUGAAGUGGAAGAUUGGUCCAGCCUUUCACUUGAACCAUUAAAGCAAAUAUGGCAGAAACCAAAAUGGCUAAGAAAUGUAGAAGACAACCCUCCUCGAAUAAAGACACCUCACUUACACCUAGUGACAAAACAUCUUAAUGCUACAAAGCUGAUUAUAAUUUAUGGCUAUUUAAUAUGUACUGAGCUGAUUAUAAUACCUGAGUUGCUUGGCAUACUAUGUUAAAUACUGUUGGUGAUGUACUUUAUUUUAAUGCCUUAAAUAUCAAGCUAUCUCAGGGAUUAAGAUAUUCUUUUUUCUUUGCUUAAUUUUUAUUAUAAAUUGUAUAUAUUCUUAAUUUCUCCAACAUCGGGAAUUGGAACUGAUAAUUGAUAUCAAGUUCCACUUAUAAUAUUAAUAUAAUUAUAUAUGCCCUGGUAAUCCAGAAGCUGCAAUUCCGUCUUUGUUUUCCCCAAGAGAGAUGCAUAUUUCCACUUGUGGUCACAAUAGGUGUGAUCAAAGGCACAGCACUAUUUCUUGCUACAUAACACGUAUAAUAUUAUGGCUUAGUGUAAAUAGACACAUAAUUUUGUCUAUUUCUUUUUUCCUUACAUUUUUUUAUGAUUUUUAAUUUUUUUUAUUUAUGUUGACUUUUUUUCCUUUUUAUAGUCUUGGAGGCAAUUAAGCACAGACCGAUGUGGAAAGAUACAAUUUGUAAAGUAUGUGGAGAGAUAUUUAAACUUUGCUACAAUUUAGAUGAUCAAGCUUGACUCUUUGAAUGUUAGGGGAAUUAACAGCUCUGAAAAACGUACAAUACUAGUGCAUGAACUUGGAAGAAGUCUUGCAGAUGUUAUUAUUUUUAUUUUUUUUAAAGAAACACAUUAUAAGGAAGGCCUUACCCCUAAAUUGUGCUCCAAGAAGAUUGCAUUAGCAUAUUAUAGUAAUUAUCAAAAAAAGUAAAUCACGGGGAGUAGCUAUAUUACGGUAUUUUCCUCUACGAUUACUUUCACAGUAAUAGAUGUUAGAACCAACAUACAAGGGAGGUAUGGUUUUUUUCGGGGGGAAAUUGGGAAUACAUUUUAUUUACAUUUACAAAUCUCUGUGCCCCUAAUAUUAAUCACAUUUCCUUUAAUCAAGCCUGUUUCAAAAAAAAUUUGAUUCCUUUGCUGGGGGUAUAGGGGUGGUUAGGUGGAGGGAUUGGAAUAUAAUACUUAACAGAGGAGUUGAUAUUACUUCGUUGGGGAGAGACUCAUUGGGAUACCAACAACAAAUAUUCCAAAAUAUAUUACAUACAUAUCAGCUAGUUGAUUGUUGGAGUACACUACAUCCAACUGAUAGAGAUUAUUCAUAUUACUCACACACUGCUGAUUGCUAUACUAGAUUGGACAUGUUUUUUUUAAGCUCACAGAUACUUAAACUUGAGAAUGACAUGGGAUAUGGAAUACAUACACUGGUCCGCCUGGGGUAAUAGGGAGAAAUACUUGGAAACUUAGUUCACUUGGAUUAAAUGCUGGGGGAUAUGAUUGGUUUACAUAAAACAAUAGAGGGAGGGGAGGAUAAUUGAAUUAAAAAGGAAGGACGGGAAGAGUAAGGGAAAGAAGUGGAAAAGGAAAAAAAAGAAUAAUUAAUGGUUUAGAUGGUACAGUCUAGUAUAAUCCCAUUUAGCACAUAUAUAAAAUGGGCUAGUUAUCAGAUAAAUGUUUUCAGGUUAAGGAAAUUAAUUUUCCACAUAUAGGUAACAUUUUUUUACUUUUAUUCUUACUGUAAAAUAUAGUUAAUUUUAUGAUAGUAUUCAAUACACCAUAAUUGGGAUACACAGGUCUUUGUAUAUUAUAUUGCUGAUGUAUUUAUUUAUUUAUUUAUACUAUGCAUUCAUUGUGUUUAUUUUUUCUUUGUUUCUAUUGAUCUGUAAGAUAUGGUAAAACAUAUGUAUUGGAUAUAUAUAUAGUAUCUUGUUAUUAAUUAUUGGUGAUAAAUAUACCCUGAUAUGUAAUGUUGAAAAUCCGAAUAAGAAUCUAAUUAAACAAAAAAAAAUAUUUACGUGCUUAGAACAUAAAAUUUUUAUACCUUUCUCCUAACUUCUGCUUUCUAUCAUUCUCCUAACUUACUCUUUUUAGUUGAUUUUUCAUUUUGGAAUUUUUCUUUCUAAAAUCAAGUACUUUAUAUAGAAAUAUUAAAUUCUAACUAUUUUCUUAAAAUGUAUUUUAAUUACAGAUGUCAAUCAUAUUCUAUGAAGAGGAAAACUUCCAGGGACUCAGCUAUGAGUGUGGCAAUGAUUGUCCCAAUCUAACGUCAUACCUUAAUCGAUGCAAUUCCAUACGGGUCCUUAACGGAUGCUGGAUGAUAUAUCAACGUCUCAAUUACAUGGGAUCUCAGUAUUUCAUAAAGAGAGGAGAAUACUCAAAUUUGCACGAAUGGAUCGGUUUCAACGGUAUUAUCAAAUCCUGUUUAUCAAUUCCACAAGUAAGCAUCUUUUAUUAUUUUACUAUGAUUGUAUAGUCUUAAGGGUAAAAUAGUAUGAAUGAUAUUUUAUUUAACUGAUAAUGUGAAAAUGUAUACUUCUUCCAUGUAAUUCACUCAGAAAAAGAUGGGUAACUUUAGUAGUAUUCAAAUUAAUACAUUCAUUUUUUACUGGAUUUUGAAAAACAACUUAGAUUAGUUACAAUUGUCAGUAAGAAUCACAACGUUUGUUAAAUGGGCAUUCUCAGUACUAUAACUACAUAUCUCAAAUGGCUCUCUUUGAAGAGCUAUGUUACCUAGAGUGUCCCGGCGCCUUCCUAUGAUUUAAAGUGAAACUGUGUAGGAACUGUUCCUGAUUUUGUUUUAAAUUGGGGGAUGAUGCUGGUACACUCUAAGCAAUUUAAAUGCUACAGUAAGUCAGCACAGUGCUUUUUUUUUUGGUGUACAUAAAAACACGGAUUACAAUAACAAAUUGAACUUUUCACAGAUGCUGCUUAUUAAAGCGAACAGAUACAUUUUCCCACUUUCUUUUUAUUUUUGGGGUGGACAUUUUCCAAUUCCAAAUCACAUGAGACAGUUGGGGAGUUUAGAAGGAAACAUUUGGGUGUGUUCACCAAAGAUCAAAAGUAGUGACCAAAAGUUUGGCAGAGAAAUGUUGAUCUGGAAAAAUCAGUCACAUUUUGGUGAUCUUUGCCUAUAAUCUCGCAUUCAGUUUUCACUAUACUACAAUUUAAUGUUUUAUUAACUUGAUUUAAAAAAAAACAAAAAAAACCUUUUUUAUAUUCUUUAUUUUUGCAGUGCAUUGCAGAACAAGCUAAAUGACAAAAGUAUUUCUCAUUACACAGGAUUAACAAUAGGUAUAUACAGCUCAUGAGAUGGUGAGAAUACUGCACUUUCUGUGUAAUUAAUAACAAACACAUCCAGAACACAGUUCUAUGUGGGUAAAACAAAGAGUGAAGCAUGCAUGCGAGAGCAGAGAAUCAUGAAUAGGUUACAAAACACAUAUCUAUGUAGUCCACUGGUUAACUGUAAAAAAGCAGAGGCAGGUAGGUUAUUGUGUGUGGCCAUUUGUAGGAUUAGGUCUAAUACCAGAUCUAGACUCUGCAAUUGAAUUUUUUCAGUCCGAGCUCUUGCUUGUUUGGAAUUUGCAUGCCCCUCUGCGUCAAGUGCAACUAAAAGGGACACACCUCCCCUGGGUUACAGCUGACCUCAUUAAAAUGUACCAGUUUAGAGAUUCACUGUGGGCAAAGUUCAAGCGUACUGGCUCCAUGAACGAUCACUGUACUUACAGACAUUGGCGAAAUGCAUGCACAAAACAAACAAAAAUGGCAAAGGCCCAAUAUUUCAGUGAAAAUGUGAACAACAACCUAUCAAACCCAAGAAACUUUUGGAAAAUCAUACAUAGCAUACAAACCCCCACAAUUCACUCCCAAAAAAUUAAAUAUCUAGGUAUGGUGCUAGACCACAAUCUAUCUUUUGGCCUUCACGUUGAAAAAAAUCUCUUAAAAACUUUACCCAGAACUAGGUGCCCUGUACAGAAACAAAUCCUGCCUAAGCCCUACAGUAAGGAAACAGAGAGUGCAACAAAUACUAAUGCCGGUCAUUGAUUAUGGGGAUGUAGUGUAUGCACCGCAAACCCAUAUAUAUAUAAACUUAAUACGUUAUAUAAUUUAUUCUGCCGCUUUGUACUAGAAUAUAAUUAUUUUACUCACCCCUGUGACAUGUUAAAAGAGCUAAAUUGGCUGUCUCUGGAAUCCUGACUCACUCUUCAUCUUUCCAGCCAUGUGCAGAAGAGCAUUUCUGGGAAGCUCCCACCCUGCCUGAGUAGAAUGCUCUCCCCGGCUGUUCCCACAUCCUGUAACCUCCGAUCCAGUACCAGCACGAUAUUUAGCAUACCACAAUACAAAAAUAAAGUGGCUCGAUCCUCCUUUUCCUACAGAGCACUGCAAUUAUGGAAUAACCUCAGGGACACAGUCAAAUCUUCAUUCAAUCUAAAAUCUUUUAAGAGAUCUAUGGCAAUAUACCUCAGCACAGAAUGCACCUGUCAUGGUUGAAUAUUUUGAUUACCUGUUAUGUAUUAAAUUUAUAUAUGUGUGUAUGUAUAUAUAGUUUGCAUAUUGUAUUUUUGUAAUAUUGUAUCGUAUUGUAAAAAUGCAAUGUUUUGUUGACAAAGACCCAGGACCUACUUGAAAACGAUGUAUCCAUCUUGGUAAAUAUUUUAUAAACAAAUAAAUAGUCAGGUUGUAAGCAGGGACUUUGGAGCUGUUAGCCAGUUCCUACUGAGGGUAAGUCCCAAUCUCCAUCACUGUCAGUUGCAUCUAUGGAGUUCUUUCACUGUGCCAUCCAGGCAGCACAAGACUUUCCUUCACAGGUAGGCAUCUUGACUCGCAGCCAGGGCUCGUGCCCGGCAACUGCAGGUCCUGUGCAUCUGGUGAUAUGAGUGACAGGCCUCCAGGCGACAACAACCAACCUUGCUUGCCUGGCAUUGAGGUGCGUUACCGCAAGUGUGGGAGGUAGAGUAGUGAGGCACUGACAGUCGCCACCUCAGUGACUUCUUGCACUGUCUCCUCUGCAUUACUCAUCCAAGAAGACGUGGGAUCGACCCACUCAAGCUGUGUCGGCCUUUACGUUGGAUCUCAAAGGCCACGGCUCUGCUCGAAGGAGUAGAGUUGAGUCCCUUUUCAUAAAGCUUGGCCCAGAAAGUUGCGGAGAUGCGGUCAAAGUUUAAAAGGAUUAGGUCCUCAAACAGGACAGGUAGCUUAUAGUGAGCAGUGUACUCCCCAGGGUGGCAAGCAGGGUUCGUGCUUAAAAUUGGGCUAGUAAUGUUGAGUUUCAGACUUACCAAAUUGAUUUUGUCCUGGUCGGCUGUCAGGCCUCACCCCACCCCCCUUAACUUGAUUGUUUUAACUUCUUAAAUACUUUGUCAUCACAGUCUAAUGAAUAUCAGGAAUUUAAUACUGUACAUUUCAGGAAAAAGCUCAACAUAAUUGUGACAAAACUAGCCACUUAAGACUAUCAAUAUAUGAAUCGGUUUAUAUUCCUUCUAAAGCUGUGAGAGCCAAGAGUAUGUUGUAUUUGCAUUUCAGGCGAAUGAGGGCAUUCGUAUGCUGGCGGCAUGAAAACCCCAGCAUUCAUAAUGUAGUUUCACGAACAGUGAGUUUCAACACUGUUCGUGAAACGAAUAAGCUAGCGAAUGGACGACCACACAGAGGAGGUCGUGUAGCGCCCAUUAACCGAUUGCAACACUGUUGCAAUCGGUAGUUAAAGGCUUCCGUAGGUGGACGUCGUUCGGCUACCGACCACGCGGCGAUUGGCCAUCUUGGUUCCUUUGUUAGCCCAGCGGUGUUUGGUCGUUGAGCGCCUGGAACUAAAAUCGGCUACUCGACGGCGCGAACACUGCUGGACUUCCAGGCCAUUCGGGAGCCCCGGGCGUUCGGUAGUUUGUUCCCCUGAUGCCAAUCGGUACGUUAAAGGUGAUUUGAAAAUAAUGUGUGUUUCAUGCGGCGUUCGGUUAGUUAGGCUGGGAUCUGAGCGGUAUUCUCACAAACUGUGCGCUCAGACCCCAGCUAUCUACCGAACGUCCAUUCGUUUAAAUGAAGGGAAUAUUAUGGGAGUUAUGUAUUUUAAUGUGAAAGGUAAGUUCUGCUGCACGGAGGGAUAAUCCACUUAGCUGUAUAUUCUAGUGGGAGUAUCCCUCUCGUGCAGCAGUGCAUGGUGGGAGAAAUGUAUGUGUUGUUCAGUUCCCCAUGUAGUCCCCUACUGUACCACCCCUGGAAUGUCAGUAGAGAAACCCUUUGCAUGGGGAAUCCCAUAAAUACUGUGCCUGUAAUUAAAAACCUCAGUUGACCUCCAAGCUAUGUGUCGUCUAGUUCUUGGGAGGAAGGGAUUGUAACUACGCUACCUGGAUUUUACCUGCUUUGUACCUGCUUGAUUCUGUCUACCAGCGGAGAUACCGUGGCUAAUACUACUACUCCGAUACAAUAAUAUUAUAUUAUUAUUAUACAAAUAUAUUUGGUGCCAAUACAAAACAUUGUCUGGAAAUCUAUUCAUAAAAAGGACUUUACAUAUGACACAAAGUCACGCAUUUAGAGUGGAAGAAAGGAGAUUUGGUCUAAGGCAAAGGAAAGGGUUUUUUUAACAUUAAGAACAAUAAAGAUGUGGAAUUCUCUGCCUGAAGAGGUGUCUUUUUUAUCAGAGUCUACACAGAUGUUUAAACAGCAAUUUGAUACAUACUUGCAAAAAUAUAAUAUACAGGGAUUCCAUUUUUAAUUAGGGGGAUAAUAGAUUCUUGAUCCAAUGGGAUAUCUGACAGCCAUUCUGGGAUCAAGAAGGAUUUUUAUUCUAGUUUGCUGCAAAAUUAGUUUGGGUUUUUUGCUUUCUUUUGGAUCAACAGCAAAAACAAAUGUGAAAAAGACUGAACUUGAUAGAUGCAUGUCUCUUCCCAACUAUGUAACUAUGUAUUCUUUUCUCCUUUUAUUCAUUGCAGUACAAAGGGUCUUAUAGACUGAGACUAUAUGAAAGGAAUAACUUUGGAGGGAAAAUGCUGGAAGCGAUGAAUGACUGCCCCUCGGUAAUUGAGUGCUUUAAGCACAAUGAUAUUCAGUCCUGUUAUGUGUUUGAUGGCUAUUGGGUUUUCUAUGAACUGCCCUAUUACAGAGGACGUCAAUACUACUUGAGACCAGGAGAAUACAGAAGAUUCACUGAUUGGGAUGCCAUGAAUGCCAGGGUUGGAUCCUUCAAACAAAUUACUGAGUUUUGUUAGAAAACCCCAAUCCACAAUAAAGUGCUCUACAAAAUA